AUGAAUGACAAUAAUAAAUUUUUAUAUAUAUGGAGAAAUAAAAUAAUAAAAAAUAAAAUAUUAUCUUUUUUAAGAGAUGAUAAAAAUUUUUAUAGUAGUUAUCGAUAUAAUAGAAUAUUUUCAUGUUCAUGGAUGAUAGAGAAUGGAUACUUUGAAUUAUUAAAAGAAAAAGUUGAAAAAGGUGAAUAUUUAGUAUUCAUUAAUAAAAAUAUAUUUGAUAAUGGAGUUUUACCAUUAGGUUUACCAAGAAGUUUAACAAAAAAGAAAUAUGAUAAUAAUAUUAAUAAUAAUAAUAAUAAUGAUAAUAAAAAUAAAAAUAAUAAAAAUAAUAAUAAUAAUAAUAAUAUUAAAAAUAAUCAAAUUAUUUUCGAUAGUAAUUCAAUUUUUUAUAAAGAAAAAGCAGCAAUUCAUUGGGAUUUAAAUUUUUAUAAUAAUUUAUUUAAAAAUUAUUCAAAUUAUUUUUUAAAUUUUAAUAAAUCAAUAACUGAAAGUACAUUAAUCGAAUAUGAUAAUCAACAAGCAUUACAGGUUUUAGUAGAGAAUUUUAAUCAUAUAUUAGGGAUUGAAUCGUUUUUUAAAUCAUUUGAAAUUGGAUCUUAUGAAUGUUCAUUUUAUAUUUUUAAUAAAUUCAAAAAUGAAAUUUUAAAAAGUAAAAAACAUCAAACAAGAAUUUGGAAUAUUAUAUUAAACUAUUCAAAUAUGAAGAAUGAGUUAAUUACAAGUGAGAUUUUAAAUCAAAGAAUUGAUUUCAUAAUUAAUAAAUGUCAAAUACCACCAACAACAACUACAACAGAUUUAGAAUCAUUCGUACCAUUUUUAUUUGAAAUUAAAAUAUUUAAACAAAAAUUAUCAACAAUUAUAGAUUGUGUUAAAUCAAUAAUUCAAUUAAAUGAAUUAUUCACACCAUUCAUUACAUCAAUAAAUGAUAAAUCUUAUAAAUUAAAAUUACCAAAAAAUCAAGAAAUCAUUUGUUCACCAGCACCACCACAAUCGAAAAUUGAUAAAGAAUUUAAAAUGUUAAAUAAAUUAAUUUCACAAUUAGGUAGUAGUGGUAAACAAGAUAAAGAUCAAGAUAAAGAUAAAAAUAAAAAUAAUAAAUUUAAAUUACCAAUUGAUAUUAAAGAAUUUGAAUCAUUAAUAUUUACAAAUUUCAAUAAUGAUAAUAAUAAUAAUAAUAAUAAUAAUAAUAAUAAUCAACAACAACAACAAUUAAAUACAAUAAUUUGUGAUUUUAAUCAAAAUAAUACAACUAAUGAACAAUUUCAAUUAAUAAAGAAAUUAUAUUUAUUAUUAUUACCAUUUACAAAUCAUUUUAAUUGUUUUAUUGAUAAUUGGAAUUUUUAUAAAAUUAAUUAUGAAAAUGAUUAUCAAGAUUAUCAAACUUUUAAAAAAAAUGAUAAUUUCAUUGUUAAAGGAACAAUUAGAUUUCAUUCAAAAAUGUUUGCACAUUAUAAUUUUAAUGAUUUGAAUAAUGAAUGUAUUGAUGAUAAUAAAUUAUUUGAAUAUUGUAAAAAUGAAAAACAAUUACAAAUUAAUUAUUUAAAUAAUUUAAAUAAUGAUUUAAAAAAUAAUCAAUCAAAUAAUAAUAAUAAUAAUUCAAUUUUAAAAUGUAUAUUAAUUAAUUUAAUUUGGUUGGAUGAUAUGGAAUUAAUUAAAAAUUUAAAUAUACCAGAUGAUAUUGAAUUUUCACAAAUUAAUAUAACAAUGUUUAUUUCAAAAGUAAAGUCAAUUGAAAUGUUUGAUUUUAUAAUUCAAAUUAUUAAAAAGUCAGAAUUAAAAUUAGAAUUAAAUAAAAGUCAACAACAACAAGUAUCAAAAAUAUCAAUAGUUUUACAAAGAUUAAUUUAUAGUUAUAAACCAAUUACCAUAUUAGAACAUUAUAAAAAUAAAUAUUCAAGUGAUUAUUAUUCAUCGGUUAGUUCAAUUGAUUUAAGAGAUAAAUGUUACAGUUUUGAAAUUUUUAAAUUUGUUUAUGAUAAUCUUUCAGAUUUUAAAGAUUUAGAAAAAGUUUGUACUUGGCAAAAUAAUAUUAAUUUUGCUCCAACUUUAAAUCAAAUUAAAUAUUUAGUUGAAAGGACACCACAAAAUGAAAAAUAUUCAUUACCAUUCAAUUGUAAUGUUUAUAAACCAUUUUUUGAAUAUGUUGUUGAAGAGAGAUUCCAAGAUAUUCAAAAUAAAACAUUUGUACCUGAAAAUGGUAAAACAAUGUUAUUUUGGUAUUUUAUAUUUAAUAAAGAAUUUAGAAAUAAUAAUAAUAAUAAUGAAAAACAUGAUGGUGAUAGUGGUGAUGAUGAAAUAAUUUUAAAAUAUAAAUUAAAUUUAAUGAAUUUCUUUGAUGAAAAAUUUGAAAGAGAUCCAAGCAUUAUUAGAGAAACAUUAUCAAAAGCAUGUAGUUUAAAUGAUUUACAUUUCAUUGAUUUAAUAAUGGAAAAAGCAAAAAGUAGUAAUUUAAAAUAUAGGUACUAUAAUAUUUAUUCAAAUUGUUUAAUGGAAGUAUUAUCAUCAAUUGGUGAUUUAGAAAUUUUAAAAUAUAUUCAUUCAAAAUAUCCAGACUUGGUUGAACAAAAUUUUAAAAGUAUUGGUCAAAAACAAGAUCAAGUUGGUUUUUUCUUUUGUUGUCCUUCAAUUAGAUUAUCAAUUUUAAAUGGUAAUAUAGAUAUUUUAUCAUUUAUUUUAAAUUUAUACCCUGAAAAAUUAUCAAUUACUUCAUCAAGAUUAUAUUUAUCUUUUAAUAAUUCUCAAUUACUUAAUCACUUUUUAAAUUUAAAACUUUUUGAAAUUGAUUAA